AAAUAUGGCCUUAACGGAAGCUAGUGAAGUUUAUUUAAUUGUAAAUAAUAUUCCAAAACAUUUACAUGCUUCCGAUCUCCGAAAUUUUUUUUCAGCAUUUACAGAAACUGGUGGUUUUUUAUGUUUUCACUAUCGUCACAGACCUGAAGUACAGAAGCCUUCAGAUUCUGAGCAGAAUAAUGAUUCUGAACGAUCUCGACGUGUAACUAAUUGUUGCAUUAUAAAAGUUGUUGCACAUCGUGCAGUAGAAUUUAUUAAAACUUAUAAUGGUGAGCAUUGGUUAGAUAAUAAAGGUGAAACUCUUGUUUCUUGCUGCUUCAUUAAAAAGAUAAUUUUAUCGGAAGAAACUGAUUCGGUGGCUACAGGUUCAACAUCUUGUAAAAGAGGAACUAUUAAUGCAAAUUUACCACUUCAUCGAGAGAAAUUCACUCGCAGUGAUUUGGACUCAUUAAUUGAGAUGCAUCCUCCAACAUUCAUGCCUAAUGGAAAUGUAGGAACAAAAACAAGUCAUUUUCUUGAACAAAUCAAAGCUUGCAGGUUACCUCCGUCCCUUAUCUCCAAACUUGGUCUACAGUUUCCCAGAAAUCGAUCUAAAAGAAUUUAUGGAAAUGUACCCUUUGAAUACAAAAAGAGCAAAAAUUCUUCAAAUGCUACUACUUCUUUCAUGCCAAAAGUGCUAGACAACAUCCAUUCUAAAGAAUCUUGGAGUUUUCAUAAAAAUACUGAUAUAAUUAAAUCUUCAGAGCAGAAAAAUGAGGAAUCAGAAUCUGAGGAGGAAGAGUGGGAUCGACAUGAGGCCCUUCAUGAGGAUGUCACAGGGCAGGAAAGAACAAAAGAAAGACUUUUUGAAGAGGAAAUUGAACUAAAAUGGGAGAAGGGUGGCUCUGGUUUAGUUUUCUAUACAGAUGCACAGUUCUGGGAUGCUCAAGAAGGAGAUUUUGAUGCCAAGACUGCAGAUGACUGGGAUAUUGAUAUGAGCAUAUACAAUGAUUUUGGACCAGCUAAUGACAAAGAUUCACAAGAUUUGGCAAGAAUGCGACUUGAAAGGAAUUUGAGGGAUGGGACAGAAGCAGAAAUAGAUAAUCAAUAUGAUUUUGCAGCAUUUGAAAAAUACAGUACAGGAUUUGGAAGAAAGAUUUUAGAAUCUCAAGGAUGGAAGCAAGGGCAAGGAAUUGGUAAACAUGCAGCUGGUAUACCUGAACCUAUUCUUAAUGAUGGACAACAUCCUUUAGAUAAGAAGGGAUUUGGGUAUCGAGGAGAAAAAUUGAAUCAUCAUCCCACACGUGAACACAGGAAAAGAAAACGUAGACAUUCUGAUGAUGAUAAUCCUUUUUUCAUAUCAACUAUAUAUGAUAAUCCUAAAGAAUCAGAUCCUCCAGAAACAGUUCUAAUAUCCUCUGCUUUCUCAAGAUUGAAAUAUCGGAAAGAAUUUCUUAAGGAACAUGGCUGUGACACCUGAUAUUGUUUCUGAAUAUCAAGUUUUUUUUUAUCAAAUAGUACUUUGUUCUGAACAAAAGCACUGAAACUUGUUGGAUGAACUUAACAACAAAUAAAGAUGCUGAGUAGCAAAAAAUAUUAUUUUUUGCUCUUAAGAAAAAUUAAUGUAUAUGUGAUAAACAUUUUUAAUGAAAUAAUGUAUAAAAGUGAAUUUCCUUAUAUGAAAAAUUUAUAAAAGAUUUGAAAGAAAAAUUGUAAAUAAAUUCAAGAUUAAUAAGUGAGCUGUAACAUUGAAAUAUUUCAAAAUGCAUUACAUGUAGUAGAGCUGAAUCAUAUUAAUGAAAAUUAAAUAAAAAUACCAACACUGUAAUAUAAGAAAUGAAACUACAUUAUAAUAUUAGUAAUUUUUUUAAAGGUUUAUAAUUCACUUUGUAUUUUAAAUGAUAUUAUACUGCUUUUAAAUGUCUGAAUUGAGAGUAUACUAUGUAUACCUCUUUAAGGAAGAGAUACUUUAAUAGAUUUGUUUCUGAGGAAGAAGAACCUGUGUUAUGUUGUACAUGAGGAAAGGCAUGAAAACUCCAUGCAGACUCUUCACCUGUCAGGAAUAAAACGGAAUCAUAAGUGUUUCUUGGUUUAUUUAUUCAGCCAAUAGUUUUAACCCUUUGGUUGCCAGUUUCUUGAACUUUGUGGGAUGUCUGUCCUGAUAAUUUUUUAAUGUACGACUUCAUUUUUAUACUGUUGGUUUCAGAUAAUACAAUUAUAAAUACUAAAUCUGAAUAAUCUGAAAUACA